CAUGGCGCAUAUUUCCUCGUGACAUAAUCUCCAGCUUCCAUUGCUUUCAAUGCACUUCUGCGAUCUCUGAUUUUUAUGCUUCUGUCAAAAAUCUGUCGAGGAACCCUUGACAGAUAUGCUGCCUGUAGUGGUGGUGCAUGGAGGUGCUGGUCAUAUUCCAAAAGAAAGAGCUGCACUCUCUACUAUCGGUGUGAAAGAGGCAGCCAGGAUUGGGUAUGCCAUCCUCCAGAAGGGUGGAAGUGCCAUGGAUGCUGUGGUUGAAGCAGUGACCUCCAUGGAGAACAACCCAAGAUUCAAUGCAGGUCGGGGAUCAGUGUUAAAUGUGAAGGGGGAAGUAGAGAUGGAUGCAAUUGUGAUGGAUGGCAAGUCACUAGCUAGCGGGGCUGUGUCAGCAGUCCGAAGAGUGGCUAACCCUGUGCAACUGGCCAGGCUUGUCAUGGAGAAGACCAACCACUUGUGUCUGACAGCUGAAGGGGCCUCUAAGUUUGCCAGAAGCAUGGGUGUACCGGAAGUGCCCGAGGAGUCAUUGAUCACAGACUAUGCCAAGAUGCGCUGGAAGAAGAACCUGGAGCCAGAUGCCAACCCUGUGGAAUGCCAAAUGGGCAAGAUGGGAACAGUAGGUGCAGUAGCUGUGGACAUAGACGGAAACAUUGCUUGUGCUACAUCCACUGGUGGAAUGAUUAAUAAAAUGGAGGGCCGUGUGGGAGACACGCCGUGUGUUGGUAAAUUCAAACUUGCUGCUUUGUAGAGUAUGUAAGAGGCGUUGAUUUGAUUUGCACCACAGAGUUCUAGUGGUUACAAAGUUGGGAGGAAUCAGCCUACAAUUGCGUACUUUUUGCUGUUUCUGUAUAUUUAGCAGAAAUAGAAGAAAAUAUUUUAAAUUGUUGAAAAAUUAAACCUUUAAUUUGAUUAAUCCUAAGCAGCUGGUGUGACAGGGAUUGAACUUUGACCUUUGGACAUGCAGUAAUGUGGGUAAAUUUCAGCUGCUCAUGAGAGCUUGUUGCCUGCAGGGUUAAUAUUCAAACCACAUACAUUCUCUCAGGACACACUUUAACCUGUGGGGAUCACACUCACACACCAGUUAAUGAUAGAUAAAAGAGCUGCUAUUGUCUGCUUAAUAAGUAAAUAAACAAAAAUGAAAAAAGACAGUGAAAAAAUGAAAAGGGUUAUGCAGUGGUUAUUAUCAGGGUUUGCUUUAAAUAGGUGGAUGGUUAUCUGGAGAAACUUGUUUGCUGAGUGUGUGUGUGUGUGUGUGUGUGUGUGUGUGUGUGUGUGUGUGUGCGUUGGUGCGACCGGAUUAUGAGGACAAAACACAUGGAUACAUACCGACUCUAUGAGGACAUACCGUAACUAUGAGGACAGCACUAAUGUCCUCAUAAGUCGAGCAAUGUAGAAAGGCUUAUAAGGUAGCGAUAAACCACCUCCCGCUUUUUCUCAAUAUGUCCUUAUAAAUCCGUUGUACCCGUUUUUCAGUGUGUAUCAGUGUAUGCUCAGAGUGUAUAAUCUCCCUCUAUGUGAAAUUCGAUGGUACUGCAGUAUCAUACACAUUUCAUACACCCAGACCACGCCCAAGCGCGAUUCAUUGGUGGAACGCUGGAAUCCUCGUCAGUGAUUGGCUGCUUUUCACGUCCGUCAAAGUCAGCGCGCCGCGCAUGCGCAUUUGAUCUCUAUCGCCUGUGUGUUGUGACGGUGUGAUUAAUCAGAAGAGAAGAUUAUUAAUUAGCAGAAUUCGAGCGAAGUUGACGAGCUAUUGCGGGAGAUUAUCACGAGGAAGGUAAGUGUGUUUAUUUAUAUUCUACCUUUAUGGAGUUAAGUGUUAUGAGUCAGUUUUAAAUAACGUUAGUUACAUUAUUUUAAACAUGGCCGCUAAUAUCAGUCCA